AUGGCGAGACCGGAAGCCUUAGAGAUUAGUCUUCAUCGCGUCAUAACUCCCAUCCAGUGGGACAGGUUCAGCAUUUGCCCAUUGGCUGCUGUGAGCAAACUUGACUACGAUGAUGACAGCUUCCUGUCAACAAUGUCGUGCAUAGCCGCUAUCGAACUCAUCGGUUGGGGGCGUAUUGGUGCACGCAACUGCUCAAAAGUAUUGAGAAUGGCAUCCUUGUUUCCGGGACAAUCCUGCUUUUCAGGCCACUUUUGUGCCCUCAUUUGGUAUUUCAGCCAAGUCUAUUCAUGUGACCUGAGCCGGGCACUUAAGGGAGGCUCGACAAUGACUCUCAUCCCAUCUUUCCGGUCUGUACCUGGGAAGUUUCGCUUCCAACUACAUUCUGUAGCCCUGGGUUAUGAUAGAGUCAGUAUGCUCCUUCCAAAAAAUAAAUGUAACCAAUCAAAGUUUAUACAUAGUUAA